CCCGCCCCGGGAGCGAGACGUCAAGUGCCGGGGAGCAGCGCGGCGGCGCGGCCGGGCGGGCGGGCGCGGGGAAGCAAGAUGGCUGCCCGGAGCUGAGGCCGCAGGCGCCAGAAUUCACUGCAAGGAGGCCGACCUGGAAGCCAGCCUGAUGGAAGCGGACGGUGGCAGCCAGGCAGAGCGCAGCAGAACGAGUCCAUUCCUGACGCCGUCCCCAUCCCCGGUGGGGCCCCCUGAGGCACUGGCCCGUAAGCUGCUCAGCGGGAGCCCCGAGGCCAACGGGGGCAGCUUAUGGGCAUCCUUCAGCCUGGGCCCGGCCUCCUUGGGCGGCCACCCCGAGUGCCUGCUGAACGGGGGCCUCAAGCGUGCAGAGAGCGAGCCUGACCCCCAGGUCAUCCAUCAGGCCAAGAAGGCGAAGUGGGAACCGACCGCUAAUGGGGAGGUGCAGCCCCCUGCCACCCCGAGCCCAGGUCUCAGCCCCCGCCACGAGACUCCAGCGAGAGACCUCCCGGCCCGUCCUCACAGCCGGGAGCCCCAACCUCUGCAGGAGUCCGGGUGCUUGGAUGCGGGGGCCCCUGGCCAGAGCCUGCUGCCACUCCCACUGCUCAACAUGGUGCCCACCCCCAAUGGUGCUAGUCUUCCUGCCCCGGCCCAGGGGGGCCCGGGUGGGGGGCUCCAGGGCUCCAGCCCACUUCAGGGGCACCCCAGCCAUGUGCCCACACCGGUGCUGAAACCUCUGUCCCAGGCCCAGGCGACCCCCGCAGGGCCCCGCGAAGACACCCCCCCAUCACGGAAUACCUCAGGGUGCAGCCGCCUGCUCGCAGCCCCGCCCAGAGCCAGCGCCUUGGGGCUCCCUCAGCAGGUGUCUGGUGCCCGGCUGGGCACGGGUCCCAACAGCGGCGGCCAGGGGGGCGUCCAGCUCCCCCAAGCCAAUGGUGCUUACUCCAGCCCCAGCUCAGAGUUCACGAAGGAGUCCUCGGGCCCCGUGCCCCCACCACCUCCAGUUGCAGGAAGCCCCCUGAAAGAAGUCAGAGGCCUGCAAGAUCAUCUGGACCCCCCGCUCAGCCAUGCUGGGGGGAUCCAGCCCGGGGGAGCCCUCCCAUGGCCUCACGUGGCCGCCCCGUCACCUCCAAGCAGCUGCCUCCCCCAAGAGGAUGUGCCCCCCACCCCGCCGGGUGGUCCUCAGCAGAACCCCACGGAGCCCCUGCACACCAGUCACCAGGAGACCCUGAAGAAGGGGGUCAGCAGUCAAGCCCCCAAGACGGUGCCUGUGAAGUCUGGGUGGAUUGAGCUGAAGUCCCCCCGCUUCUACCCCUCGAACCCCCAGCCCCAGUGGAAUGAGGCUUCUCUGCGUCCCGGCCUGCAGAGUCCACCCAGCCACCAGGCGACCUCCAAACCAUACACUGGAAACGGCAGCCUCCCCGGGGGGGUCCCGGGCCAGGACCUGCCUCCCCGGACCCUGCCAUCCGCCCAGCGGCCUCACCACUACUCGAGUGGAGGGGGCCUGGGGCAUCCUCAAGGUACCGUGGACCAGACCCUCAAACGGGCUCUCUUCCCCCAAACGGGCUCUUCCUCUCCAGCCCCUGUGCAGGCUCCCUGCACCCUCAGACUGCAUGUCCUGCAGGGCUCAGACCACCUGGCCCCCACCAUCAGGGCGCCCCUGAACCCCCAGGCCCCCGAACCGCAGCCCUUCUCCGACUCCCACCCUUUGCCGCAGAAGCCUCAUGGGCCGGCUGCCCCCGCUCAGCCUGCCCCGGGCACCCCCGACUCACAGCCCCAGCAGGUGCGGCCCACAGAGCCGGCCACCCAGCCCCGGGAAGGCGCCUUCCCCAGCCAGCCUCGAGGGGCAGAAAGGUGCUACCGUGGAGGUGCUCAGUACCCCCAGCUUGCCCGGGAGUUCCUGGCGCCGGACCUGGUGCACAAGCUACGGAGAGUGAGCCCCAUCUACACCCAGAUGCUGAAGGCCAACGGCAGCCCAGUGCAGCCCCCCCAGGAGCAGAAAGGCCCCGCUGACCUCCUAGUGGGGAGCCACCCCUCCAGCCUACAACACCUGCCCUGCUUCCCUAACAGUGUGACCCCAAAGCAGGGCGUUCUCAUCCGGUGCUUUCAGGAAACGCAGCAGAAGCCUCAGCUGGGCUCCUCUGCCCUGCAGGGCCACCACAGCAAGACCCCGGAUGGGGCCCGGCCUGCCGCUCACAGGGUGCCAGGCCAAGCACACGCCCUCUCGGGGCCCCCCCGCGGCACCCCCACACACAAGGACCUCAAGCACGCCGCCCUCAGGCAGCACCUUUUGCAGAAGCAAGAACGGCAGGCCCAGCAGCCCCCGCAGACGGCCAGGCCCAUCAAGGUGGAGCCGGGCACUGCACCCCAGGCCUGCAUGCACCCCACCCACUCCCAGCCCGACGGCAAAGCCUGGAAAGCCUGGAGAAAGGCCGACGUGAAGCAGGAAGCACCCUCCCCGCGCUGUGAGGACGGGCAGCAGCGCAGCAUCCUGGAGACCAUGGAGAGGCACCUGCACCAGGUCCAGGUCAAGUCACCCUUUGACCACAAGGCCCUCAGCGUCAAAGGGCAGAAGCCGCAGGUGAAAUUGGAGACGGAGGGGCCCGAGGAGCCUCCCGAGUCGCCCGCCGUGCCCGGCGACACGACGCCCACCAAGAAGCCAGCCGCCACCGCUGACCCCGAGGCUGACCCCAAGGUUGACCCCGAGGCUGACCCCGAGGCUGACCCCGAGGCUGACCCCGAGGCUGACCCCAAGCCCAACCACUGCCUGGAGAUCCCAACCAGUUCCCUGGACACGUCUGUCAAGAACCUGCUGGACACCACCAUGAAGACUCACUACGACUUCCCCUCCUGCCACUGUGUGGAGCAAAUUAUUGAAAAAGAUGAAGGUCCUUUUUAUACACAUCUAGGAGCAGGUCCCAAUGUGGCAGCUAUUAGAGAAAUCAUGGAAGAAAGGUUUGGAGAGAAGGGCAAAGCCAUCAGGAUUGAGAAAGUCAUUUAUACCGGCAAAGAAGGCAAAAGCUCUCACGGAUGUCCUAUUGCUAAAUGGGUGAUCCGGAGGACCUCCAAGGAGGAGAAGCUGCUGUGUCUGGUGCGAGAGCGGGCUGGCCACACCUGUGACGCGUCCGUCAUCAUCAUCCUUAUCCUGGUGUGGGAGGGCAUCCCCCUGGAGCUAGCCGACCAACUCUACACCGACCUGACCCAGAUGCUGAGCAAGUACGGCCACUUCACCAACCGCCGCUGUUCCACCAACGAAGAGAGAACUUGCACGUGCCAAGGAAUCAAGCCCAGCAUCUGCGGCGCCUCCUUCUCCUUCGGUUGUUCGUGGAGCAUGUAUUACAAUGGAUGUAAGUUUGCCAGAAGCAAGACCCCAAGGAGAUUUAAGCUGAUUGGGGAUAUCGUAAAAGAGGAGGGGAAGCUGGAGUCUCAUUUGCAAAACUUGGCCACUAUCGUGGCUCCCAAAUAUAAGAAGCUUGCGCCUGAUGCCUAUAAUAACCAGAUCGAGCUCGAGGACCGGGCCCCCGAUUGCCGCCUGGGCCUGCAGGAGGGCCGGCCCUUCUCAGGGGUCACUGCGUGCCUGGACUUCUGUGCACACUCCCACCGGGACCUUCACAACAUGCAGAAUGGGAGCACACUGGUGUGCACGCUCACCCGGGAGGACAACCGCGACUCGGGGGCCCCGGAGGACGAGCAGCUGCAUGUGCUGCCGCUCUACAAGCUGGCCGACGUGGACGAGUUCGGCAGCGCCGAGGCCCAGGCCGAGAAGAGGCGCUCCGGGGCCAUCCAGUCGCUGGCGCCCUGCCGCCGCAUCAUCCGCCUGCUCAAGCAGCCGCUCAAGCCCUGCCGGCAGCGCAAGGAGACUCGCCGGGGCCCCGAGCGGCCCUGCGCCCCCGACAGCACCACGCGGGCCCCCGACAGGGAGAAGGCCGCCCUGGCACGAGCGGGGCCCCCCAAGCAGCUGGCAGAUCUCCUGCGCCUCCCGGCAGCCACGCCACAGCCGCCCCAGCCCCCCACGCCCAGGUCAGAGCCCGCGGCUGCCUACUCCUCUCCAAGCCCCACCAGCCUGUACCUGCGUGGGCCCAGCUCGACCGGCACCUACCCCGGCGGUGCCAGUCCCGCCCCAGCAGGCGCCACCUACCUGCCACCCCCCAGCCCCGUCAGCCCCUACACCGGCCUGGGGACCCAGAGCAGUCAGCACCCCUCCUUUCCCUGCAACGGCGGCGUGGAUGGCUGCUCCCCGUUCCUGGGCUCCUGUGCCCCCCGUUCCCAGCCCAUGGACAUGUACAGCUUCGGCCCCCGGGACCCGCUGGCCAAGCUCAGCCUGCCGCCAAUCCACAUGCUGUACCAGACACCCUUUGCCAACAGCCCGGGCCUGCCUGCCCAGUACCUGGCCCUGGGAGGCCCCGGCCUGCAGGGUGCCCACCCCGGCGGCUCCUUCCCACCCUACGAUGCAGAGGGCCACUUUCUGGGUGCCUCUGCCAGGCUGCCCCCGGGCCUGGGCACCCCCGGCGUGGACUACAAGAAUGGGGAAGGCUUCACCAGCCCCCUGCCCUCGCAAGGCUCCGGGGACUGCCUGGGCCUGGCACCCGUUCCCCCCACCCCACCGGACCCGGACGUGCUGGAGUACGAUGAGGUGUGGUCGGACACGGAGCCCAACUUCCUGGACCCCGACAUCGGCGGCGUGGCGGUGGCCCCCACCCACGGCUCGCUGCUGAUCGAAUGUGCCAAGCGGGAGCUGCACGCCACCACCCCGCUCAGGAACCCCGACCGCACGCAGCCCACCCGCAUCUCCCUGGUCUUCUACCAGCACAAGAACAUGUACGAACCCAAGCACGGGCAGGCGCAAUGGGAGGCCCGCAUGGCCGAGAAGAGGGCCAGGGCCCGUGACAAGAAGGUAAAGUGUGAGGCGGCCAGGCCCUCCCAUCUGCACUUCUUGCGCAUGCUGGCCCAGCGGACGCAGUCGGUGACCACAGACUCUACGGUCACCACUUCGCCCUAUGCCUUUACUCGGGUCACAGGGCCCUACAAUAGCUACAUCUGACCCUGGCUGGUCUUUUCCCAGAAGAGAACACGCUCCUCCAGCAAGCGGCCGGCCUCCACCACCAAGCGGUCGGCCUCCACCACCAAGCGGCCGGCCUCCACCACCAAGCGGCCGGCCUCCACCACCAAGCGGCCGGCCUCCACCACCAAGAAGCCGGCCUUCACCACCAAGAAGCCGGCCUCCACCACCAAGAAGCCGGCCUCCACCACCAAGAAGCCGGCCUCCACCACCAAGAAGCCGGCCUCCACCACCAAGCAGUCAGCCCCAUGGGCUGCCUUCCAGUCAGGCCAGGAGCCUCUACGCCUGGUGCUGAGCCCCUCAGUGGCAGUUGCCUCUGCCCCCCAGUCAGGCCAGGAGCUCCAACGCCUGGUGCUGGGGCUGCCAGCGGCAGUUGCCUCUGCCUUCCAGUCAGACCAGGAGCCUCUACGCCUGGUGCUAAGCCCCUCAAUGGCAGGUGCCUCUUCCCCCCAGGCAGGCCAGGAGCUCCCGCACCUGGUGCUGAGCCCCUCAAUGGCAGGUGCCUCUUCCCCCCAGGCAGGCCAGGAGCUCCCGCGCCUGGUGCUGAGCCCCUCAAUGGCAGGUGCCUCUUCCCUCCAGGCAGGCCAGGAGCUCCCGCGCCUGGUGCUGAGUCCCUCAAUGGCAGGUGCCUCUGCCUCCCAGGCAGGCCAGGAGCUCCCGCGCCUGGUGCUGAGUCCCUCAGUGGCAGGUGCCUCUUCCCCCCAGGCAGGCCAGGAGCUCCCGCGCCUGGUGCUGAGCCCCUCAGUGGCAGGUGUCUCUGCCCCCCAGGCAGGCCAGGAGCUCCCACGCCUGGUGCUGAGCCCCUCAGUGGCAGGUGCUUCUGCCCCCCCGGCAGGCCAGGAGCCCUCACGCCUGGUGCUGGGGCUGCCAGGGGCAGGUGUAUCUCCCACUGAGUCAGGCCAGGAGCUGGUGCCCAGCCUCCCAUCUGCAGGUACAUCUGCGCCCAGGUUGGACCAGGAGCCCCCACACCUGGUGCUGAGGCUGCCAAAGGCAGGUACAUCUCUCUCCCAAGUGGGCCUCCCAGCGGCAGGUGCAUUGGCGCCCCAGGCAUGCCAGGAGCCCUCACGCCUGGUGCUGAGCCCGCCAGGGGCAGAUACAUCUGCUCCCCAGGGGGGGCAGCCCCCCCUACUCUGGAUCUGGGUCCCACAGUCCUUGCCGGCAAGGGGCCCAUCUCGGCAGUAAGGGAGGGGCCACAAGUCCACUGGCUUCUAUGCAAAAGGGGAGUGGGAAGGGGAAGGGGGGAGAUAUGACCUGGGGGUGAGUGGGUGGGUCUGGGGGUGCACAGCGAGAAGCUCACACUGUACUGUAGAGUCCUAGCUGGUGCUAAACAUACCACAGGCCGCAGGACUGGAAUCUUGACCCUUGGCCGGCAAUCACUUUUAUUUAUCAGACUAGCUCCGAGCAAGCUCCAAUAGACGGCAGAGACACUGAUUCUGUUCGCAGGUGCUAAGACAUGGUGCUAAGAAAAACCAGGUGUCUUUUAAUAAAAGUGGACCUUUUCAUGCCUUGCUGCUGUCCGUCAGAGAGGCCCCUGGUUCCAGUACCUUGUUCAGACUGGGUUUGGUGGUGGGCAAGGGGGGGGGGGUCCUCCUGAAUUUUUAAAUUAAGUGACCACCUGUUCUUACACAAGAAUGGUUUUAACAGAUAUUUUUAAAGGCCGCCGGACGUCCGUCUGUCAGUCCACUGACAUCCAGACAGGACAAUAAACAUAUUGAAAACAUACAUGUCUAUGCCUGUGUGGUGCACACACAGGGAGAAGUCUUUUAAAAGGUUGUUCAAAAGCACUUUGCUACCAAAGCUUUGACCACUUGAACAAACGCUAAGGUACUGAGACUUUUUAAGUCGACAGUGACUUUUCAUUUUUAAAAGUGCAGAGUUGGUGUUUUUAAUUCUUUUUAAGUCAACAGGAAAAGCUCU